AUGGCAGAAAUUGCUCCUGCAGAAGAUGAUGAUCCACAAUGGAUUGAUCCAGGUAAUGAAGCAUUUGCUGCAUUUUCAAUUGAAUCUUCAGGCAAUGCUUGGACUGCUUGUGCAGCAAGAACAACAAGUUGGAAGAAGUCAAACCAUGCAACAGGUGGAAUUCCAGCAAUCGGCCUACCACGACGAUGGAUGCAAAAAGAAAAUAUUUAG